GCCCCUCGAGCCGCCAUUUUUGGAAGGUGGGAGGAGAAAGGCGGGUGGGCGCGGUGCCUGCUCUGCGGGAUGCUGACUGGACUUGGCGGCUCUCUGCCGCACGUCAGGGGUAGGGCAGCACGGCUGGCCGGCGCCCUUCCUCCGGCUGCUUCUCCGGAAUGAGGCCUCGGCGGCCGCGCGGGACGACUCGGUUCCUGCUCAGAGCGAAUCCUAGGAGAGGCCGAAGCCGCCGUGAUGCCGGGGAAGCUGAAGGUGAAAAUUGUGGCCGGUCGCCAUUUGCCGGUGAUGGACCGUGCCAGUGACCUGACGGAUGCCUUCGUGGAGGUAAAAUUUGGUAAUACAACCUUUAAGACAGAUGUGUAUCUCAAGUCACUGAAUCCUCAGUGGAACUCGGAGUGGUUUAAAUUUGAGGUGGAUGAUGAAGAUUUACAGGAUGAACCUCUGCAGAUCACAGUUCUUGACCACGAUACUUACAGUGCAAACGAUGCUAUCGGCAAGGUGUACAUUGACAUCGACCCUUUACUGUAUAGUGAAGCUGCCACAGUCAUCUCAGGGUGGUUCCCAAUUUAUGACACCAUACAUGGUAUCCGUGGAGAAAUCAAUGUUGUGGUUAAAGUAGACCUCUUCAAUGAUUCAAACAGGUUCAGACAGUCUUCAUGUGGAGUUAAAUUCUUUUGCACAACAUCUAUUCCAAAGUGCUACAGAGCUGUGGUAAUCCAUGGAUUUGUAGAAGAACUUGUGGUCAAUGAGGAUCCCGAGUAUCAGUGGAUUGAUCGCAUCCGCACACCAAGGGCAUCGAAUGAAGCCAGGCAGAGACUCAUCUCCUUAAUGUCAGGUGAAUUACAGAGAAAGAUUGGCUUGAAAGUCCUCGAGAUGAGAGGAAAUGCAGUUGUUGGGUACUUGCAGUGCUUUGAUCUGGAGGGCGAGUCUGGGUUAGUGGUCCGAGCCAUAGGAACGGCAUGCACUCUGGAUAAACUGAGUAGCCCAGCAGCAUUCCUUCCUGCAUGCAGCUCCCCAUCCAGAGAACUGAAGGAGAUUCCCUUCAAUGAGGAUCCCAACCCCAAUACUCACUCAUCAGGACCCUCAACCCCUCUGAAAAACCAAACUUAUUCCUUUUCACCUUCCAAGUCCUACAGUCGGCAGUCCUCUUCUUCUGACACAGAUUUGAGUUUGACACCCAAGACUGGAAUGGGCAGUGGGAGUGCUGGAAAAGAAGGGGGGCCCUUUAAAGCUCUUUUACGGCAACAGACCCAGUCGGCGUUGGAACAGCGGGGAGGAUCGCCUCAUAGGUUCUGUAGAAGGCGGGAGUUCCCCUUCCUCACCUUGACGGCCUUCCCCCCUGGACUUCUUGUGCACGUCGGUGGUGUUGUCAGUGCACGCUCUGUGAAGCUUUUAGAUCGGAUCCACAACCCUGCCUUUGUCGGAAUUAUGGGUAACACAAGAUCUUACAAACUGCUAGACUGGAAUAGUUUCAAUUCAGAUGAACCAGAAACUCGAGAUGCAUGGUGGGCAGAAAUCAGACAAGAGAUAAAGUCACAUGCUAAAGCCUUAGGCUGCCAUGCUGUAGUGGGCUACAGCGAGUCAACCAGCAUCUGUGAAGAAGUCUGUAUUUUAUCAGCGUCUGGCACGGCAGCUGUGCUGAACCCUCGGUUUCUGCAGGAAGGCACUGUGGAGGGCUGUUUGGAACAAAGGAUUGAAGAGAAUUUACCGGUGGGCUGCGGAUUCUGCCAUAUACCAUAUGAUGAACUGAACAUGCCGUUUCCCGCUCAUCUCACAUAUUGCUAUAACUGCAGGAAGCAAAAAGUCCCUGAUGUUCUCUUCACAACUAUCGAUUUGCCCACAGACGCAGUGGUGGUUGGCAAAGGUUGUCUUAUUCAGGCAAGGUUAUGUCGAUUAAAAAAGAAAGCACAGGCCGAAGCCAAUGCCACAGCUAUCAGUAAUCUCUUGCCGUUUAUGGAAUAUGAAGUACACACUCAACUGAUGAACAAGCUCAAACUCAAAGGAAUGAAUGCUUUGUUUGGACUGAGAAUUCAGAUAACAGUGGGUGAGACCAUGCUGAUGGGCUUAGCGUCGGCCACAGGAGUCUACUUAGCAGCCUUACCAACACCCGGUGGAAUCCAGAUUGCUGGGAAGACCCCUAAUGAUGGCUCCUAUGAACAGCACAUCUCCCACAUGCAGAAGAAAAUAAAUGACACCAUUGCAAAAAACAAAGAACUGUAUGAGAUCAACCCCCCGGAGGUAUCUGAAGAGAUGAUAGGAUCACCCAUCCCAGAGCCCAGACAGCGCUCCAGACUUUUAAGAUCACAAUCGGAAAGUUCUGAUGAAGUUACAGAGUUAGAUCUUUCACAUGGGAAAAAAGAUGCUUUUGUUUUAGAGAUCGAUGACACGGAUGCCAUGGAAGACGUGCACUCCCUUCUUACUGAUGCCCCGCCCCCUUCAGGUUUUUAUAGUUGUAAUACAGAAAUUAUGCCUGGCAUAAAUAAUUGGACAUCAGAAAUACAGAUGUUCACGUCAGUAAGAGUGACCAGACUAAGCAGCCUCAACUUGACCAACCAAGCUCUCAACAAGAGCUUCAACGGCCUGUGUGAGAGCUUGCUCAAGAGCCUGUACUUCAAACUUCGCUCCAUGACCCCCUGCUGCCUCUGCCAUGUGAACUUUACAGUGUCUCUGCCUGAAGAUGAGUUAAUCCAGGUUACAGUCACAGCGGUUGCAAUAACUUUUGAUAAAAACCAGGCCUUACAGACCACAAAACCCCACAUUGAAAAGUCACUACAAAGAGCCUCCACAGAUAAUGAAGAACUGCUGCAGUUCCCGCUGGAGCUCUGCUCAGACUCACUGCCUCCUCAUCCUUUCCCAGCAGCUAAAGAACACCUGGAGAGUGCGAACUCUAACUCAGGUAUCCCAGCUGCACAGAGAGCAACGUCAGUUGAUUACAGUUCCUUUGCAGACAGAUGCAGCAGCUGGAUAGAGCUCAUUAAACUGAAAGCUCAGACCAUAAGGCGCGGAUCAAUUAAGACAACUGUGACUGUUGAAAAAGCAAGUCCCAUGGGUGAUGGAAAUUUCCGGAAUCGCUCUGCUCCACCUUGUGCAAGUCCCACAGUUGGGGUUGUUAAGAUGACGCCGCUUUCUUUCAUCCCUGGAGCAAAGAUAACCAAGUACCUUGGCAUCAUUAACAUGUUUUUCAUUAGAGAAACCACUUCUCUCCGCGAGGAAGGCGGAGUCAGUGGUUUUCUCCACGCUUUCAUUGCUGAAGUGUUUGCCAUGGUCCGAGCUCACGUGGCAGCGCUGGGCGGGAAUGCUGUUGUGUCCUACAUCAUGAAGCAGUGUGUCUUCAUGGAGAACCCCAGUAAGAACCAGGCACAGUGUCUCAUAAAUGUCAGUGGGGACGCGGUGGUGUUUGUUCGUGACUCCGACUUAGAGGUCAUGUCAUCUCAGCAGCCUGCUGCCAACUGCCAGCCCUCAUGUACCGGAGAAGUUACAACUUGAAGACAGCGGCUCAACUGGCUCAACCGAGUGAAAUUCGUGUGUCUCCAUUGUGUGUCACCGUCUGCUCAGCCCAGAAGGCCCGCGUGGGGUGGGGUACUGAGGGGCAGGGGUGCGGCUGCUUAGUUUGUGUGCGCAUCUGGGAGACUUGAGAAUUUCUCAUCUUGACAGUUUGUUUGUCCAGUCUACACAGACAGGCCCCAUGGAUUCUGGUACCUUCAGUUAUGGGAGUUAUUUGUAAUUUGUGUUGAUUUUUAAUAAAAUUAUAAUUAAAAAUGAAAUGGACGCUUAUCAAGAGUCUAGGGUAGGAAGCUCCCGUGGCUUUGAAAACCAAGCAGGAAUCCAAAUUGCUAAGGAGUCCAUAGUUGAUUUGAAAAUGGAGGGAACUUCUGUGUGUUUUCAGAAAAUUACUGUGCAGAUUUCUCAGCGUCUUUUGCUUGAAAUGAGGACUCUGUUAGCUGGAUGGGUAAUGUGUUUCAACUAACAUCUUUUAAAAGGAAGAUUCUGUGGUGUGGGUCUGCAGAAUUGCCUGAGUGCUCUCAGGAACUCCCUCGGAGGUGUCCGCACCCAGGAGUGGAGGAUGCCUCAGGACUGGCUGUCCUCAUGAAGGAGGGAGGGGCACCUCACGACCGGCCGUUGCUUCAUAUUUAAUUGUCUAGACGAGGCUUGGCUCCAACUGGGGAGAGAGUGCUGUGGAAUGCAUUUAAGUAGUGAAAAUACAGUUGACCUAGGAAGAACAGGAUUAUUUUCUAAUGAUAGAUUGCACUCAAUAAUCUUAGGGAUUGGUGAGGUGCACUGUUGGUGUAGACUAUGCUGUGAAGUGUUGAAUGUAUGUAUUAAGUCUUACCUAUGCCAAGUGCCCACUACUAAUGAGAUAGAUAGCAAAUUCCUCCUUUGCCCAACAAAAUGUCCUUAUAAAACAUAGGAUUUUAUUCUCUCAAAACAGCAAAUUACCCUAAAGAUGAAAAGUCAUUUUAAUGUUACACAGGUGUCAAUAUUUUUCUGUAUUUUGUUUAUAAUUUUAUUUUUUAAAUAAAAAGUUUAUAAACA